AUGUUUACAACCAGUAUUUAUUAGCAGCACUCUCCCACUACCGUCACUGCUUUACGUUCCGGCCGAGCGAAUGUUUGGGAGGAGGCAUCACCGACAUUUCGUCUUUGACAACCGGCCGAAGAAGCAUCUCGUGUCGCUGUUUGCUAUCCGGGCAUAGCGAGGAAAGGAAGAAAAAACAAGUCGUCGGCUGGGGUUCGCUCCGCAGGGGUAACGUUAGCCAGAGGUGAGGCGAAGCAGAGCAGACCCUGCCCUCACUGAUUGGAGAGGGAAUCACGACCACAGCUCCAGCCGCACAGAGGGUCUGUGUCUUUGCCUCCAUCAUGCAGGUUUCCGUCCUUCUCCUCCUUUCCCCAAUCCUCCUCCUGUCUCUCCUCUUUCCCACCUGCUCCUCCCAGAGUGAGGCAGACCUCAUCGUUCAGACACGUAGUGGUCCAGUCCGCGGGAUCCAUCUGCAACUGCCAGAACGAGGCUAUGUCACCGCUUUUCUGGGUAUCCCCUUUGCUGAACCACCGACCGGGAAGCUGCGUUUCCGUCGCGCUGAGCCCAAGAAGUCAUGGACACAGGUGCGGGACGCAAUCGCAUACCCCAAGGCCUGCUAUCAGUUUGUGGACACAUCGUUCCCUGGCUUCCAGGGCAGCGAGAUGUGGAACCCCAACAGAGAGAUGAGUGAAGACUGCCUGUACCUCAAUAUCUGGGUACCCCCCUCACCCAAACCACAUAAUCUCACCGUCAUGACAUGGAUCUACGGCGGAGGGUUCUACAGUGGUUCUUCUUCUCUGGACGUGUAUGAUGGUCGUUACCUAGCUUAUAGUGAGACCGUCAUUGUGGUUUCCAUGAACUACCGGAUUGGUGCCUUCGGCUUCCUUGCUCUCCAUGGCUCCUCAGAGGCUCCUGGCAAUGUGGGACUGCUAGACCAGAGAAUGGCGCUGCAGUGGGUACAAGACAACAUCCAUUUCUUUGGUGGAAACCCCAAACAGGUGACUAUCUUUGGUGAGAGUGCUGGUGCCGCCUCAGUAGGAUUCCACCUCUUGUCUCCAGACAGCCGGCCUACCUUCUCCAGGGCCAUCCUCCAGAGCGGAGUCCCCAACUGUCCCUGGGCCUCGGUCACUCCUGCUGAGGCUCGCAGACGGGCCACGCUGUUGGGCAAACUGGUCGGCUGCAACGGGGGCAACGAUACCGAGCUGGUGGACUGUCUGCGCGAUAAAUCUCCACAGGACCUCAUCGACCAGGAGUGGCUGGUCCUGCCGUGGUCAGCCCUCUUCCGGUUUUCAUUUGUCCCUGUUGUGGAUGGCGAGGUUCUGCCCGACACUCCCGAGGCCAUGCUCAACUCAGGAAACUUUAAAGACACUCAGAUCCUGCUCGGGGUCAACCAGGACGAGGGCUCCUACUUCCUGUUGUAUGGAGCGCCAGGCUUCAGCAAGGACAAUGAGAGCCUUAUUUCCAGAGAGGACUUCUUGGAAGGUGUCAAGAUGAGUGUACCACAUGCUAACGAUAUUGGCCUGGAGGCGGUGGUGCUACAGUAUACUGACUGGAUGGAUGAGAAUAACGGGAUGAAGAACCGUGAAGCCUUGGAUGACAUCGUGGGUGACCACAACGUCAUCUGCCCGCUGGCCCACUUUGCUCGCUCCUAUGCCCAGAACAACGCCAUCAAAGCUAACAUGGGAGGAGCCAGUUCCGGGGUGAUGACCAGUGGAGGAAACUCACAAGGAGGGGUCUUCGUCUACCUGUUUGACCACCGAGCAUCCAACCUGGCCUGGCCAGAGUGGAUGGGUGUGAUCCAUGGCUACGAGAUCGAGUUUGUCUUUGGCCUGCCACUGGAGAAGAGACUUAACUACACCCGAGAGGAGGAGAUGCUGAGCCGACGCAUGAUGAGAUACUGGGCCAACUUUGCACGAACUGGAAAUCCCAAUGGGAACCAUGACGGUCUGGUGGACACCAAGAGGCGUUGGCCUCUUUUCACUAUCAGCGAACAGAAACAUGUUGGACUCAACACUGAUCCACUGAAGAUCCACAAAGGUCUGAGGAACCAGAUGUGUGCUUUCUGGAACCGCUUCCUGCCACGCCUCCUCAAUAUCACUGACAACAUCGAUGAGGCAGAGCGUCAGUGGAAGGUGGAGUUCCAUCGCUGGUCCUCCUACAUGAUGCACUGGAAGAGCCAGUUUGACCACUACAGCAAGCAGGAGCGCUGCACUGACCUCUGAGAGCCUCAGCAGAGAGAUGAGAGAAUGACUGGGAGGGGGGAGGCAGAGAGCCAUGGCAGUUUUCCUCCAUAGCCCCUCAGUGAAGUCUAACUUCAUUUAACUUUUGUGUUCCGUUCUGUUUUCUGUUUCACUACACACACAAACUCGGGAACUGUUGAUCUUUAUUUAUUUUAUUUAUACUAUUUAUUUACGGGUUGUUUUUCUGAACUUGUGUUUGUCUCUGUGGGCUAUGGAGGGAAUUUGUCAUCAAUGUGGAAGAAUAUUCAAAAUGUAAAAGAUGUGUGUCAUUACCUCGUGUGUGUGUGUGUGUGUGUGUGCGUGUGUGUGCGUUUGUGUGUGUGUGUGUGUGUGUCUUAAAUGUCCCCAGUUUAACUCAAAUCUCGACAGGCCCACUUCAGGCUGGUUUGCUGUUGACUCACUGUUGAGGAUUUCUUCUUUCCAACAUAUCAGGGUUUUGUUUUUUGGACUCAGCAACAUUGUUUAUUUCUGUCUCACAUUUCUGUUGAAGUCUAAGUCUUGUUCUUGUUCAUUACUACUAGUAUGACCAUUAUUCCCAUUACCUGUUGCGUUGCUUCACUUUGUUUUGUGUAUUUCUCCUGUGGUAAAGCCAUAAACUGGGUUACAUCCAAGUGUUUGCCGUGUGAAAAGGCUUCAUGGAAACAUUAGACUCCCUAACCUGUGACAUGUAAGUUAGAUUCUUCCUGUAGAUUUUUACUGUAGAUGGUGACAUUCAUCCCAACUGACUAGUGCCUAAUUUAUAUUUCUUUUCAGAAGUUCACUUUAAAUCAGCUUGGUAGUUGGAACAGAAACUGUCUAUUGAAAAAAUCUGAACAAAUAUCCCUGCAAAAGGAAAGUGAAUAAAUUUAAAAGAUUGUAACUACUAACUCAAGAGUACAAGGUGAUGUCAGAUUGUUUUGUGUGAUUACCAGUCCAAAAUGCUAAAAUAUAAAAUUUUCUUAAAGAACAGCAGCCGACUCUCAUAUUUGAGAUUAUUGAACCAUCCUGUUUUGGCAUUUUUUACUUGAAAAUUGACGAUUAAUCAGUUAUAAAAAUAGUUGCAGAUACAAUUUCAUUAAAUCAACUAACUGAUUAAUAAACUAAUCAUUGCAGCUCUAAUCUUAAAUCUGCUAACAUAAGCUAAUUGUCAUGCCAGACAAAGUAAAACUGCAAAAUUGAGCCUGGGUGGGGUUUACUGUCAUGAUUUAAACUUUUCAUUUGUAAGAUGAAGAUUAUGUUAUUUUUUAUCAAGUUAUGUGGUCUCACUAAGCCGUUAUAUGUUGGAUUUGAAAAAUGUACAUUUUUGCGUCUUUUAAUCUGGUCCUUUUGGUGAGAUGUAAGAAGUGGGACCUCUAUUUGUUCUGGAAAUGUGGGCUGAAAUUACAUUCUUAAAUUACAAUAUCAAAAAAUGUGUCGGCUGAUUUAAUGUGAAAUAAUUCAAUAUUUCACCAUCAGAACGGAAUUAUAAUUUUUAAGUGUUGAGAAGUAUGUUACAGUAAACAGUACCCAUGUUUCAAAAUAAAACUUAGACUGAACUAACCAACUAACUAAAGCAAAGAAUUAACUGAGUAAAUAAAAAAAUAUAUAUAUGUAUUUAUGUAUUUCAUUAACAUUUCUGUUUGUGUGUGUCACACACACCUCCCUCUCUGUUCAUUUCAGUCCUCACUGCUCUGUUCAUCUUUUUACUUCUUUUUCCCUCUUAUCCUCCCUCCCUUUUUUUUUAACCUCACAUCUCCCUGCUUACUGUUUCUUUACUUUCCUUCAUUCUAUUUUCCCAACUGCACCAUUCUCUCAUCCUCCAUUCCUCCACUCCAAUCUUCAUCUUCAUAUUAAUUAACCUCCAACCACCCUCCUGUUUCUCUUACCCCUUUCAUCCUUCACUCCCUCCUCUCCCUCUUACGUCAGACCUCCUUUUUUCAACUCUUUAUACCCCCUCUUGUAUCUCUUUUUCCUUCCACUUCAUCUAACUUUUCUCCUCUUCUUCAUCUCUCUCAUCUCUCUUUCCUUCCUCAUCAAUCUUUCAGUUGCAUCACUCUUCUCCUCCCCCUCCCUGCCCCUCCCCCACCUCUUUCCAUCCUCCUGCUUUCUCAUUAGUCUAAUGGAGGCACAGUAAUCCACUCAGCAGCGAAUAAUGUGACAGAGCGCUGGCUGAGCCUCUGGCCUGCCAGCCAACAGGACACGAAGGAUGGAUGGAUGGAAAAUGGAGGUGGAAAAGUAGAGGGAUGAGGCAAGGAGAAAGAGAUGGGAGGAGGGAAGAAGGGGGAUGGAUGAGGCAGAAGGAGAGGUGGAGAUGUGAUGGAAAAAUGAAAAGACAGUCAGAUAAAUACAUUACAUAAGUCUUGCCCUUAGAAAAACUGUGUAUGUGAGUUGCAGAUUACUCAUGUGGCACUGAUAACAGAGAGAAUUCUUAAAAUGUAAUAAAAAGUUGAAAACCUUUCGCUAAAAUGACAAAAUUAUUAUUAAAUCAAGUGGUAAUGACUGGUAAUUUUGUCAUUUUAGCAAAAGGUUUUCAACUUAUAAUAUGCUGCUCAGAUUUGGGUUUCAGGGCAGAAGCAGGUUCUUAUGGGGCACCAUCCAGGAUUUGAUUGCCCCACCCCAAAAUACAGCUGCACGGGGUUACAUAACAGUUAGAUUUUUUUACCCUAAAAAAACACUGACUUAAGGUUACAUAUUUUACAGAUGAAGACUUGUCUUGUAAUUAUAUGGAUUGGCUUUUUGUCAGCUCAUUCUUAUUGUAACAUUACAGUGAAAAUGUUUUAACAGAAUUCUCAGCGAAAGAGAAAACUGAAGAAAAAAUCUUAAAUUGUGCCAUUGUACUUUUCUGAUGCUUUAGGUUGAAAGUGUACAGUUAUCAGCUGGUUUGCAAUACAUACAGAUCUUGUGCACACAAAACAUUAACUAGUGAAGUAAAUUCUUGAUUCCACACAAUAUUAAGUGUUCUUAUUUUGUGGGAACAAGAUCCUUAAGUUGUUGUAUGCACCAAAAAGUACUUAAUAAUUAGAGUAAUGAAUUAAUACUUGUGCGCUCAUGCUAUCAUCCAAGCUAUAAAAAAAAAAUCUAUAUGGAAAAUCUUUCUGGACUGUGACGGUGUAGUUCAUUGUGUGUGUUAGGUGUGUGUGUGCGCGUGAGUGCAUGUGUGUAAUGUAAUCAUUGUACCUGUCUGUCAACCUCUUUGCCAUUUUUCUUUGAACACUGCGAGGGAACUGAAUCAGCUUUGAUUGGCUGAUGGCUGUUACUGUUGGCAUGUCAAACUCCUGUUUAUGGAUCCGAGUAGUGUAGUUUAGCUUGAGAAGAACUAAAUAUGAAUAAAGGAUUGUACCUGAAAUACCAGUGAAGAAAGCAUGUAUGACUGACUGGCUGUGUGAAUGACAGCUCCCCCAGCUCCUCUCAUCCAAUGGGAGACCCCGCUUAAGCCCAACCUCCUUCCCUUGCCCUCCUAUCAAAUCCUUGUGCAUGUCGUGAAGUUGCCCUGUCCCCAGUAUAUCCUACAAAACAUGGACUGUUAUUUUCUGUAAAAUUUAUACUUUUGAACAAAACUAUUAAAGUAAAUAAUAUAUCUCUAAUGUUAGGUACGUUUAAUGUUAGCAAUAACGUAAAUACGUCAGUAAAGGAAUAUAUUUGAUAUUUAAAUGCAGUGAAAAUAUAACGUGAUAAAACAACAAUGAUAACGGAUAGAGGUUGUGUUUUAAAAGCAAUAUUAUUCUGAGUAUAAACUAAACAUGAGUGCCAUAAAUGUUUUCUUGUGUUUUUAUGUUUGAUUGACUUUGUUUCAGUCCUCUGCCUCAUCAUUGUUUGUUUCAGUCACUAGUAGUCUACUGUAAGUGUUAAAGGCUUUUGUAGCUUCGCAGUAUGUCUCUGUGUAUCAUGAAUGCUGACUUGGUUAAGCUAUAGCAACAGAAAUAAAGACACCCUGCUGCUUCUGUCAA